GUCGUAGUCACGGUUUCAUUCGUACAGUGUAGAGAUUCUUGAACGCCGAAACUACGUUUGUCAAAUUUAGAUUCGUCCAAACCACCAUGCCGACAGGAAUGCUAGAUCGAGAGGCGCGCCUGGCAAAGCUGCUGAAUUCUGCCUGCUAUGGGAACAAGGAGGCAACAGAACUACCUACAACUGGAGGCGCAAGCGAAGGCCCGUCAGUACAGCAGGCAACUCAUGGUUCGCGGAGCAAAGUAGUUCCGGAAAUACUGACAGCGUCUGGGCAAAAACGCGCACCGGGGGCGAUUGUUGAAUCGAAAGGGAAUGCUGGUGCGGUGUCCAGCGCUCAGGGAGCAACACCUCCAACAGCACCGACGCGCAUCCGGGAAGGCGCGCGCGUGCUCGGGACGGGCCAGACAGUGCAUUCGAACCGGCUGCAGAAAGCAGGUGCCGUCGGCUUCACGCCCUCUGCGGGCCGCGCAGCGGUAUCGGUGGAGGAGAGCCGCCGGGCCGUGGCAAACAGCGGGAGAACCGCCACAAGGGGAAGCGCAGCGGGCGCUGAUGACGGUAGUAGCACGGUCGCCGCCACUGUGCGCGGAGAGCUCUCGUCGCUGUACGGGGCGCACCACAGCGCGGAAGGGGAAGUUCGACGGGCGAAUGCGAGGGAGAGAGUCCCACCCGCGUCCCAACGACCUCGUAUCGUUCGAUAUUUAUCUUGUGCUGCUUCUGCAAUAGGUUGUAGGGUGGCUCCCUCUAGUACUGCUACGAAAAUCGCCACUAGCGCUGCCUGAUAUUAAGGGUUCCCUACCUUGAAACGGAGUUUCGCUUGAUCCUGAAUGUGUGUUUCGCGCAUUUUCUCGUGAUUCGUCAGGUGACAACGCCGCGUUGAACGCGGCCCGCGGAUCGGAAAAGCCUAAGGUUGCGGGUGACGGGAUGAAAAAUAGAAAUAACGUGAAGACACUGGCUGAUAUUGUGCCACAACCAGCAGCUGCCGGACGCGCAUCCGCAGCCUCGUCCAGCAGCACGCUGCGGAACACCACGGCGGCGUACCGACAGAGCCAGGGCACUAUCAAAUGGAAAUAUGUCUGGGUCUGGAAGAGUGCAAACUUCUUAUGCAUAUUUUCCAUGUCCCAUGAGGUUUGGAAUGCAGGACCUAGCAUGACAGAGUCUGCGAGGUCUCUGCCAUGCCUAUCCUGCAUGAGAAACUCCCACCCAACUUGGUCGAAAGAGGACAGCUUUUGGCAGUCAUGCAACACAGAUUUUUGCAUGAUUUGGUUUUAGCAUGACAAGCUUCAAUCUUCCAGACCCAAACAUUUUUGCAAUUCAUAGGCACAACCGCACGUCGCCUGGAGGACGUCGGCAAGAGCACUAUGACGGACGAACAACGGGAGCGCGUAGAGAAGGCCCGGCGGGUCGUGGGGAAGGACAAAGAGUGCGACUUGCCACCUGCGACGUGCACGCCGGGACAGGCGAACAUACACACAAUUGGUGGCGGUUCUGCCGACGCUCGCGGGACGAGACGGGGUGCGGGUAGCAUGGGAAGCUGCGGGAAGAAAACCGUCGUAGCGGGAGCUUCACAGGGCGCCAAGCGCGUUCCCGGGCGUUAAUAGGGACGUGCUUUUCUUUUCAUCUGUAAAGGAAUUUUUGUCGGGAACUAUUUUUCUUGCGCCUGCCGGCGUCGCGACGGUUGAUUGUCUCUCGCUCGUGGAUGAUACCAUCUGGAACUAUGUUGCGACCAACAAUGAAUUUGAUGACAAUAGAGCCAGUGCGAGGUACCAAAGAUGUACUGCUAUAAUAAAAGUGAUUUCAGAAUAUUCCUUCUGUGCGUGAUACUGCAGCUCAGCAAGAAUGAAGAUAGGUAACGGCCUCUCGUCUGUCUCUGUCGUUUUCACGAAU